AUGGUGUAUUUUAGGGACAAGUUGGGAAAAAUUUUAUCUAUGAAAGCAAUAAAGAUAAUAGUUGUCAUAGUUUAUUUUCUGAAUUUAUCAUUUGGAAUCUGGGGAGCCUUAACUAUAACACACGGUAUUGAUUAUACUAAACUAUAUCCACAAAAAUCGGUAAUAACACAAGGUAUAAGAUUAUAUUAUAAUAGUUUCGGCCGUUACACGUUUCCUUACGAAAUAGUCAUUAACAGCACAGUUGAUUAUUCAGAUUUAAAUGUACAGAAAUCAGUAGACGAACUACUUAACAAAUUCGAAAGUCUUCCGUACAUUGCAGAUUCUCGAUUUACAGUAUCUUGGUUGAAAUAUUAUAGAGAAUUCCAAAAUCACCCGCUAACAAAAUAUUCAUUACGAGGAUAUAACAUGUCGGUUAAAGAAGAUUUCUUGGAUGGACUUCGCAAUGUUUUCCUGAAAUUUAAAUUAGCAGAACAAUUCACUGAUGAUAUCGCCUUCAACUCCGAUGGAUCCGAUAUUAUAAGUAGCAGAUUUCAUAUCCUUGUAAAUGAUACGUUAAGUUCAGCAGCUGAAAUGGAAAUGUUAAAAACACUAUGGAAAAUUGCAGACAAAUUUGAUUUUCCUGUUCUCGUUUACGCAGCAUUAACUCCUCUGUACGAAGAAGGAAUUAUAAUUGGACGCACAAUUAGAGAUUUAUUUUGGAUCACUUCACUAUUGGUUAUGAUUUUGUUUAUAGUUUUUAUACCAAACAUUUUUGUUGCUGUUCUCGUUGCAAUAUCGGUAACAUCCACCAUUGUAGAAACUUUAGGAUACAUGUCUCUUUGGGGUAUAAACAUGGACAUUUUAUCUAUGAUGAGUUUGAUAUUAUGUGUCGGGUUCUGUGUCAAUUAUCCGGCACACAUAACUUACGCGUAUAUUUGUUCUUCGUAUCAAACUUCCAAUGAGAAGAUGAAAGAUAGUCUGUAUCGUAUUGGCUAUCCAAUAUUUCAAGGAUCUCUGUCAACCAUUUUAGGAAUUUUAUUUGUAUACAGAGAUAUGUACGCUUUAAUUGUAUUUGUGAAGAUUGUAUUUCUUAUUGCAUUAGAAACUGCAUUUCAUGCAUUGAUGUUUAUUCCUGUUGUUCUUUCUCUGAUUUCAUCAUUUUUUUUAAUUAAAGCUAAUAACAUAAUAUAA